AUGAAAGCACCUGAUUCUUUCUUGAACCCUGGUCUCUGGUGUGACUUCAACCGUGACCACGGUCAAAAAACGGAGGACUGCGUCGCACUGAAGAUUGAGGUCAACAAAUUGCUUAAGAAAGGACACCUCAGGGAGUUCCUUUCCGAAAAGGCCAAGAACCACCUAAGCAAGGAGACAACAGUAAAGCCCACUGAAGCUGAUCUCGUCUCGCCACCUCGACAGGACCGAGUGAUCCAUGUCAUAUCGGGUGGUUCAGAAAUCAGUGGUAUAAGCCACGCAGCCACGAAGAAGAGCACUUGGAACGCCAAGCACGGCCUAGAGGCAGCCAAGCCGAAACGCCUGCUCCUAGGUACGGACGUAAUAAGCUUUGCGGCCAAGGAGCAGGAAAGGGUUCUCACCCCACAUCACGACGCCCUGGUCAUAUCGCUCAGUGUAGCGAAUUGCUUGGUGAAAAGGAUACUGGUAGAUAAUGGAAGCUCCGGCAACAUCAUUUUCCAGGCCGUAUACAAGGAUUUGUGGCUGGAGGAAAGCACUCUAACUCGGAGGAUAACCCCAAUCAUAGGGUUCAGCGGAGAAGUCAAGCAAACCACUAGAGAGGUGAUCGUCCGGUAUACGCUGAAGGGAUCAACAUGUCAACCAUGUUCCUUGUCGUUGACUGCGAUUUUAUCCUACAACAUGAUCCUGGGACGGCCCUUGAUUCACGGCAUGGGAGACGUCCCCUCGACUCUUCACUAG